AGUUCACUUCACGCCGGUCGGAAAGGGCUUAUCGACAGCUGCAUCCGCUGCUUCCUUGAUGCCUCGCGAUGGGCUGGGGCAGGAAUCUAUCGAAGGAUGCACAAAUAGACUUUGCGGAACUUGCUGCUACCGUCUGACGGAAGAUUGGCAGUUGAGGUCAUAAACAGUAGGUUUCACCCUUUGGCUACAGAUACCUUGGCUUGUAGCUGUCCAUCAUGGUCUGUUCCCUCUCUCGUAUUCUCUUUCGCCAGUGCGACUCCAGAGACGCUUCACCUGGUCAACAACACCAAGCAGGCUGAGCGCGUCCUAUUUGGCUGCGACGACGACCUGCGGCUCGCCCACCCAUCCGACUCCAGCGCAUUGGCAUUGCGACACCGAGCCACGAGCAACUCCUACCUUGACCGUCGACGCAGGUCACGCACACGGCGCCGUCCAGGAAUUCACCAUGUCUACCCCUCGCGAGACCAGCGAUUCCACGACGGAGAAAGAGUCGAACAAUGGCAAUUCGCCGACAUUGCAACAGACCAACACAAGAACGACGACAACACCACCAAGCAAGAAGAAGCGGAAGCUCCCGCCCUUUCUCGACCACUUCAAUGCGCGCGAUCUCAAGAUCCUGUUCCGCUGCUCCGUCGCCUUCUGGGUCGCGUCCCUGCUCAUCGUCAUUGAGCCCACAUUGAGAACCUUCGGCAAUGCCACUUUCUUCGGAUGCAUUGUCGUCAUGUUCCUGCCCCCUUCGGGCGUCGUCCUCAUCUUCAUCAUGGGAGGCUUCACCAUGAUCUUGGGCAUGGCGCUAGCUUGGGCUUGGGGUGUCAUCGCCAUGAAAGCAGCACAAGCGACCAGACCGCAAGCAGAAACACAGGCGAGAUUGCAACUGCUUGGACAAGAAGCAGUGAGGAGCGCCAACUCGACUGCUUACCCAGCGGCCAGUGUCCUGGUUUACGACGGAUUCAUGCUUGAUACACGCGUUACCGUCACCUUCUUCUGCAUGCUGUGUCUGUUCGUCUACUUCAUGGCCAGAUUGAGGAUCAGGGCUCCCAAACUCGCCCUCACCGCCAUCUUCGCGUGGAUUGUCACCGAUGUCUUCCUGACCAUUGGCCCCCUGCUCCCCUCAUUCCAAGGCACAAUCCCUCAGGUCCUCAUCAAGCCAGCCGCCGCCGCACUCGCAAUCAGUCUUGCCUGCUCCAUGUUCAUCUUCCCAGAGUCGACCUCUCACUUGACCCUCUUCAGCAUGCACAAGCUUGUCACCGCCAUGUCAGGUUCUCUCGACCUCACCAGAGGCUUCCUUGAAAACUACCCGAACACAUCGCACAUGGAACCAAUGCAAGCUCUGAGAGCAGGAGUCCUUGGAGGAUGGGCUGCCCUGGAACCUGCCAUGGGCUUUCUCUCAUUCGAUCUCUCUUUCGGCCACUGGAGCGCUCAAGACAUCACUUCGCUGAGAGAACCUAUCCGCCGCGUCAUGGUCGCAUCUAUGAGUCUGCUUGCUUUCGAAAUACUCCAAGGCCGCUCGCAGGAAAGAAUGAAGCAGCUCUCGUCGAACGACAUCAGGAGUCAAGAGUUGGCGCAGGCAGAAGAGAAGGAAAAGAAGCACAUGUACGGCAGACACCAGGUCAUGCAGAGUUUGAACCUUCUCGACUCCCUUCGCGAACCUGAAGUCGGUCAAUCUGUUUCCGACUCGUAUCAUGCACUCUCCCAGGCCAGCAACCCCCUUCUUGAAGCCUGUAAAGAAGCCUUCCAAGCCAUCGGCCACAGCAUACAAGAGAACAACAGCAGAAGAUGGUUUGGCAGACUGUCCGCCGAAGACUUCGCUCGCAUGCGACAGUCGCACGUCGACGUGCUUGAGCACUUGCGCGAAGAGAGGGCCAGAUUUCCAAACGUCGCCAAUGAAGCACUUUUUGCGUCGCACCAGCAUUUGUUCGAUUCUAAUGGCAAGUUCCAUGGUCACGCCUCACAGAGACACAAAUUGGUCGGCAUGUUCUUCGGUUUCAAUUUCGAAGAUCGUCUUCUGGUUCUGGCCUCUGCCUUGAUACGGGCGCUCGAGCAAAUCACUCUUCUCGAGAAAGAACGGCCUACAGUGCGACUUUGGUUCCCCACCGGCUUGCGUAAAUUUGGUGCAUGGGCAUUCGGUGGCUCUCGAGCACCAGCAGUCGCCGCACCUGACCUAGGUGACUUCCCUCAAGCGGAUAAGGAAACAAUUGGUGAAGUCCAGCAAAGCUUCAGCAGCAGAGUUCACAAGCCGGUCAGGAAGCGCAACAAGAUCUCCGCCAUGAUACUCGGGUUUGGACACUGGCUUAGUAAUGAAGAGGGCAUCUUUGCUAUGCGCAUUCUGAUCGCCACACUUGCAGCUGGUAUUCCCGCGGUAUGCAGGUCCUCAUCUGGCUUUUACUACCGCGAGAAGGGUCUCUGGGCACUGAUCAUGGCCCAGACUGGUACCGCUUCGUUCUCCGCCGAAUUCAACUUUGCUUUCGUAACCAGAAUCGCCGGCACAGUCGCUGGCGGUGUUUUGGGAAUGCUUGGAUGGUACAUUGGAAGCGGCAUCGGUAUCGGGAAUCCGUAUGGCCUUGGUGCUGUCCUCGCCGUCUACUCCGUGAUUCUCAUGUGGUUCCGUCUGUAUACUCCGCCGCCAUUGAUUCCCGCUGUGAUGAUCGGUGGCGCCACUGUCAUUCUAGUCAUUGGGUACAGCUACAUCGACACCCAUCUACCUUCGUACGGAAACCCCGGAUGGGGUUAUGAGGUCUUCUGGCGCCGCACAGUGCUUGUCAUCGUCGGCUUCGCUGUCAGUUUCGUGGUGACCCUUCUUCCUUGGCCUUCUUCGCUCUCAAGGAAUAUUGCCCGCAAGCUCUCUGGUGUAUUGGACAACGAGGCCGAUCACUAUGCUGCGCUGUUGUCAUCGUGGGCUGACCUCGACUCUCACAACCGACACACAUCCGCAGUGGAAGCUGUUACUGUGCGGCUAGCUGCGGACCUGGGUGCGCUCAGCGGACCCAUUGCAAGUCUGAAAUUCGAGCUUUCUUCCAGUGUUUUCGACUCACAAACAUGUGGUCGCAUCAAGUCGAUCGCGGAAUUCAUCAACUAUCAACUUGCUCAUCUGCACAUUCGUGCCGCCACCCUCUCCCCCGAACUUCGCCGCAGGUUUGCUAUUACCUCUGGUAUUCUCGAUCACCGUGCUAUCGCGGAUGUCAUGGUCGUGCUGGGUAUCGUGGCACAGAGCUUGAAGACUGGUGAUCCACUGCCCGCACGUCUGCCAACACCGUUGCUCAAGAAGUGUUUGGAGCAUGGCCAUGGCGCUGAUGUCGAGAGCUUGACCAUUGAUGUUUUGAAGAAAGAGGGCAUUCGCGGAUACACUGUAUGCAUGAGCGCUUACCUUGGCUUCUUGUCAGGUGUGGACGAGCUUGUACUUGCAUUGAAAGAAGCAGUCGGUGAAGCUCAUCAUAUACCCGACGACCUCAAGUACGAGUGAUAUCUUCUAUAAUUUGUAAUGGAUUGUAAUCCUUAUCCUGUACUUCCGCAGUUCAAUUCUCUCUGGCAACCGUCCUCCGAAGGUCGUGAAUCACAUAAACACCAUUAGCUUCCAAUUUAUCCCUAAACAUCUGCAAGCGAUCCCAUUCCACUCCAUCUCUUUGAUCCCACUCCUCAAUAAACUCGGGGUUCAACAAAGGCAACUCAUCCCAUAACCUGAUAUCUCUAUCCCAGAUAUGCAACACCUGUACACUGAUGUUCUUUAGUUCUGCAAUAAAAUCUAUUAAUCUCUGCAUCGCUUCAUGUUCAAUCGGUAUCUGUUUUACAAAGUUGAAAAGUUCGGACCAGAUUGUAUAAAUAGCGGAGUAUGAGUUUGUUCGGCGAAAGUUUGGGUCUGGAAGAAGGGAGAGGUAGAGGAAAUUUGUAGCUUGUGCGGUUUUUGCCGCGGAAGUGUGUUUCUGGUAUUCGUGUGUAG